ACACUACUCGGCGCCUCGUGCCUCGGCUGCGUCUCGAUUGCCCGCCAAAAGAGGGCCACUAGCUACCAGAGGUCUUUUGACGAAACUGAUAGUCGGUGAGGUUACCCCGACUACCCCGCUCUAUCGUCCCAUUUCUACUCGGCAGGCAGCCCGAGGGUCCUGAUGGCCGAUUUGUCCCUUUCAAAUUCACAGUACGUCGGAAUAGGAGAGGAAAGAAGUCUGAAGUCCGGGGCAACAAACAGCAUCUACUCAGCCGUAAGAUACUCCAUACUCACCUCUGCUUCCAGACCUCGCGCUGUCACGAAUAAUCACCGUUGCAUUCCACCAUCCGGGCCCCACAAGAUGGCGAUACGGUCAGGCACGGCCCUUACCUGGGUGACCGUGAAAGACGCUUUGGAAGCACGCCCAGUCCUCGGAGAAUGCGAUACUUGCAGCUCUCAUGAGUGGAAGAUCCAUGCGAAGUUGGGCGAGGAUUGGUUAACAACAGGGUCGACAAGGACCAGAGACUGGGACAUUUUUGAAACCCAUAUCAAGAAGCUCUGGAUAUCAACAACAAGCGGCUCCUGUCCUACUUGCGCCUUUAUCUGGAGGGGUUUGACGCACUUUAUUCCAAAGAUCGAAGAUGUACUCACAUGGCCCGAAGAAUGUGCCAAGAUCAGGAUACACACCCACAAGAGCGGCAAGAUGCCUCUACAUGUACAGGUAAAGGUUUUAUUUGAAAAGGAGCUGAAUCGGGUGAUCGAGCUCUACACUGCGAAAGGUUAGCCGAUAGUAUGUAUCGCUGGGUCAUAGUCGCUUACAUCCUUCGCAGACAGUUCAACACCUUGGCCCUUUUUGGGCCCC